UCCAAACUGGUCCCAACUGGUCCAUACUGGUCCCAACUGGUCCGCACUGGUUUAUACUGGUCCGUACUGGUUUACACUAUCCAUACUGGUUUAUACUGGUCCAAACUGGUCCGUACUGGUCCGCCGCAGGCACGGCGUUCGACAAGAGCUCGCCGACGUGGGUGGCGCUGAGCCACAUCGCCGGGCUCUGCAACCGCGCCGUCUUCAAGGGCGGCCAGGAGAACGUGCCCAUCCUCAAGCGGGACGUGGCCGGCGACGCGUCGGAGUCGGCGCUGCUCAAGUGCAUCGAGCUCUCCUCGGGCUCCGUCAAGGUCAUGCGGGAGCGGAACAAGAAAGUGGCCGAGAUCCCCUUCAACUCCACCAACAAGUACCAGCUCUCCAUCCACGAGACCGAGGGCCCCAACGACCGCUCAGAAAAUCGCCAAAAAUUCAAUUUAUUCCCAAUUUAA